AUCUACCACGCCCCCUUUUCGCACGUGUAGCAUAGUUAAAUUGAGUUACGGAAAGCCGUGACUCUUGUCCGCGUAGAACCAGCUGGAGAGUUAACUGCGUUAGGGGACUUUCUGAAUAUUUUGCUAAAUGAGUGACUCGGAGCAGCAACAGGAAUCUGAGUCUUUUGCGCCAACUACCCACUGUCAAGGUGACAGAGAAAGUGGUAGCGAGGCAGAAGAUGAUGGAGAGAUGGAGGAGUGCACUCUCCUGCAGGAGAUGGGGGAGGAAGAUGAAGACAUAGAUCUUUAUAAUGAGGAAACAUUUGGCCUUGAUCUUGAAGUGAGACCAGAUGAAGGAGACCCCUCUGACAUCCUGGUCUUCUGUGGAGAUGAGUCUCCGGGACCUCCGUCGCCACCUCCGUGUACCCCCAACACCCUGGCCCCCCUGAUCCAGGUCCAGCCAGCCCUGAACGGAAGGCCGAGGGAGAAACGGACGCUGAGGAGGGGGGAUGUGUUUGAGGACCCAGCGAUAAUGAGGACCGUGAAGAGCAGGCCAAGCCUCAAGAGCCUGGACAGUGCUAUAGUGGACAGUGGCAUUGGCUCCCCUUGUGACAGCCUGGAUCUGGACACUUGGAUGCUGUCUCCAUUUGGUCCCAGCCAAAAAUCCGUCGGGCCCAUGCUACAGGACCAGGCUAUAGUCACGGUCAUCGGCAGCCAGGAUCUGGCUCGGACUCCCCCAACCCCCCUGGACUUCCUGUCACCCCUUCGCCGCCCUUUUCCAGUGACUGGAGGUGGCAAGAGAGGGGGCCAGCGAGGUCAUCAGCCCCUCAUGAGACCCUUGGGGCAGAGGUACCUUUCUCAGAUGCCCAUGAGUCCUCUGUUAACCGGAUCUCCUGUAUGUCCCCGUCCACCCUUUGGCUCUCCACAGCACUACAUGCAGCGUGGUGGUUUUAUGUCUCCUUCACGGCCCAGCAUGACCGUUCCACAACCCUUUACCCCUAAAAUGAUGCAGUUGAGGUUUGGAGCUCGUUCUCCAAGCCCCUCCCCCGUCUACAGCCCUUCAGCCAAUCCUAUGCAACGAUUCAGGUUCCCUGGUCAUGUGACCCAGCUUCACCCCCAGCAUCGCAGGCUGCUGAGCCACCGGCACCAGCGGUCGCACAGGGGUGAGAACUUGGACCCUAAUGGUCAGCUGAUGUCAAUGAAGGAGAAGGAGUGGAUCAUUAAAUUGCAGAUGAUUCAGCUUCAGAGCGAGAACCCCCAUUUGGAUGACUACUACUACCAGGAGUAUUACCGCCGUCUGGAGGCCAAGAUGGCCGAGGAGGAAAUGCUGGGUGAGAGGGGCAAGAGGGAACCCCCCAAACUCACAACUCCUUACGUCACCAAGACCGAGUCUUACACUCCUGUUGUCCACAUUGAGGGUUCGCUGGGACAAGUUGCUGUGUCAACUUGCUUCUCCCCACGCCGUGCCAUCGACGCCGUCCACGCGCACCUGCCGGAGGAGUCUCACUUCUCUGAACAGGAGCAGAAAGAUGCCAGACAGCAGAGGCUGACCGUGCUCCAUAACAUCGAGAAGCUGUUUAUGAUCCUCUUGGAAGUGGAGGAAGGGGAGAAGAUGAAGCGGUCCACGUUCAGCGAGGAAGAGCGGGUGAGACUGGAUGAGAAGAUCUCAAGACGAGUGAAACAGAUCUACAGACAGCUGCAGCGCCCUCCUAACCUGGAGGAUAGUGAAGAGUUCCUUCCGUGCCUGCUGGUGUCGAAGGGUAAGCGAUUGAUGGCUCGGCUCCUCCCCUUCCUGUCAGAAAGCGACGCACAGCAUGUUCUCAAGGUGGUGACUGUUCACCUGCCAGCUCUGAUGAGCAGAGACACGGACGAGGCUCUGCCGGUUAUAUACCCAUCUCUCUGUACUGUGAUUGGGGAACUGUCCUUCAAUCAGCUCAUCGGGGUCCUCAAGGGGUUCACCUCAACACUGCCCGAUUCCAAAGAGAUGUGUCUCACCAUAGCCUGCCAGAACAAGUUCGGCAUUUCCCUCCUGUACGCGCUGCUCUCUCAGGGAGAGAGGCUGCUGUCAUCAAACACCCCCAUGGAAGCAGGAAUCGGGGAUUAUGAAACUUGGACGGAGACCGUCUUCCUGGUUGCCCGGCGGCUCUCCCGCGCCUCACUGGUGGAACCCCUCCUCCUCCCCUCGAACCUACUCUCCCUCUUCUGCCGGUACCUUGACAAGCACACGGUGCACCAGCUCGAGGACAGCAUGGAGAGGUCUACAGCUAGCUGCCCUGCAGUCCCCUCAUAACCUUGCACACCCCUGGAGGAUGGUGGCAGGCAUGGGACGAGCUGCAUUUGGCUGACUGAGCACUUGGUUUGCUGCUGCACCAGACAGGACUGCUAUUUUUAACGCGGGAGGGUGUAACUAUGCAUAUGCUGCCCCAUGACCCAGCCUCCAGGCUUUACUUUGUACAGGUUUGAAAUCGGUGAGAAGGUACCUGAAGUGUAAUCCUGAAGUUCACCAGCGGAGGGUGCUAACAGCGCGUGUCGCGUGGCGCCCCCUUUCCACGUUCGAAGGGCCUGUCACGAUUAUCUUUUGAUCAGCAAACUUGACGUGAUUUAAAUUGUCAGUCUGUAGACCUCAUGUGGAGGGGGAUUUAAUCUUCAGCGCAUGAGAUCUUUUGGUAUUUCGAUGCUUGUCAGCCUCAGUGCGAGCAGGAUGUAAGAGUUGCCCCAUUCAUACUUAUUUUGGCCGGCAUAAUCCCACAAUAUUUAUUGUGAAGUUUUCUCUAGCACAUAUCAGUUUUAUAACUGCUAUUUGUUUUUCUUGGAUUAUCUGUGCCUUUUUUCUCCUUUAGGUGGCUUUUGUUCUAACCCUUAUUUUCAAGUGUCACUUCUAAAACCAUAACUUAUUCAACCUUUUGUUUUGUAUACGAUUUUUUUUUUGUUAACCAAUUUUAAUUUAAACUGACAUGUACUUAAGCGAUCAGAUACUGUAUCACAAUUGUAUAGCACUUGCAAAUGUAAAAUAAAAUUCUAAAAGCUGUGA